AAUAACAGUCUCGAGGGUUCAAUUCCAGAUUUUCUAGGAAAGCUGCCAAGUUUAAAGCUGCUUAACCUCAGUUAUAACAACUUCUCUGGUGAAGUUCCUCAAAGUAUAACCAAAAACAAGAAAAUAAAAUACCAGAUCAAUGGGAACCCAAGCCUACAUCAUCACAAGGGAAAAAACUUGGGUCUUAUAAUUGGCUUGACCAUUGGAAUACCUGUGGGACUAAUACUGGUGUUUGCUCUUGUUUAUUUCCUAACACGAAAAAAGCCAAUGUCUGGCCACGGACAAGUUACAAUAGGAUUGGGUAUGAGUCAACGUAAUGGGACUGCUCAGGGAAAGCCUCAAGAGGAAAAUAUUUCAGUGAGUGCAAGCACAGAGGGCCUGAUUAAGCCAUCACAGACUAACCAGAAUGUUAUGGCAAUGCCAACAGGGGAAAAUGUUUCAUGGGCAGGGAAUGCUGGAAACGGGCAUAUUAACCCAAUGCCUGCUGGAGAACACAUUCCAGUAAGUACAGGCCCUGGAAGUAUUAAUCAUCCAUCCGAGGUUCCUGCAGGCAUAGACAGGGCAGAGCUUGAUGAGCUGAUUCGGUUGCAACAUGGAAACAUGGGACAUCAUGGAAGAGCAUAAGCCUGGUGCAUCUUGAACUGCCUGAGCCACAUUUGUAUCAAUCAGAAUUUCUUUACAACAGCUGUAAAAAAAUAUAAAAAAUAAAAUAAAUAAAUAAAACCGGUUCUCUACUUUUGUAUAACCUUGAAUAUGUACAGCUUCGAAAUAUUGCCAACUCCUGUAUUUAUUUUCCAUUUCAAAUACUUAUAUUUGCUUGCAAA